UACACCUGUCCCUGUUUCACUCCCAAUUGAGCUCCUCUCUCAGCCAAUCGGCGUCCAGCUCGCGCUCUCUUGAAAACCAAUGAGGGUGCGGCUUCCGUCCCGUAGCGCGACGUGACGUCGAGAUAAAACCUUAAGUUAAGCGAAGCGGGGGAGCAAAGUUUCUGGAAGAGCAGGGGGAGAUCCACGUGGGAGGGGGGUGAGAGGAGCGAACCCAGCAGGAGCGAAGAUGACAGACGCUGAGGCGCAGAGCGCAGCUCCAGCUGCCCCGCUGGAGGACAAACCUCAGCCGGAGAGGAAAAUCAUAGCUACGGCAGUUCAAGGCACCGUGAAAUGGUUUAAUGUCCGCAACGGCUAUGGCUUUAUUAACAGGAACGACACUAAAGAGGAUGUCUUUGUUCACCAGACUGCUAUCAAGAAGAACAACCCCAGAAAGUUUCUUCGCAGUGUUGGAGAUGGGGAAGUUGUAGAGUUUGACGUAAUCGAGGCAACGAAGGGUUCAGAAGCGGCUAACGUUACGGGUCCGGGCGGCGUUCCAGUAAGGGGAAGCCGCUACGCUCCCAACAAACGACGUUUCCGUCGACGGUUCUUCCCCCGAAGCCCCGAAGAUCAGAGCAAACCAGCCGAUGACCAAGCUCCUGCAACAGAGGGAGAGCAAGCUGAGACCCGGGCAACGAGGCCUCCACCUCGGCGACGGAGGCCUCGCAGACCACGACAGGAUACCCAAAAUGGGGAAGUUGGAGAGGAAAAAGAUGGGGCUGUUGAAGGUGACCAGUCGCAACAACAGAGACCACAGAGGCGCAGGUUCUGGCGUCCCUACCGGAGACCAUUCCGCCCUCGCCCACCUCCCGAUCAGUCUAUGGCGGACCAGAAACCUGUUGCUGAAGAAAGCAAGGAACAGCAGGCAGAGAUAAAACAUGUAGAGUCCCCAGAGGCUGUCCAGACUAAUGGCGAAAUGACAGCAGAUGCCCAAGGCCAGAAACCACGCCGGCCAUCUAGACGACGCAGCCAAAGGAACUCUGAAUCCUCAACAUCGAAAAAUGAUGCAGAAAAGUCUGCUGCAGAGCCUGGGACUCCUCCUCAGAAUGAAAAGGCAACAGAAGGAAAAUCUACACCAAAAUCACCAAAGUCUUCUCCAAAAACCUCUCCCAAACAGCCAAGAUCUCCUGUGGAGGAAGUCGUCCCAGCAGUUCAAACCACAGCAGUCCCAACACCAACUGAGUGAUUGCUCUUGAGCUUAUUGCAAACCCUCUUUCCCCAAGAGGGGAAGAAGGGACCUGGCAGCAAAACUUAAGCGACUCUGGAUUUGGACAGUUUGAGAUUGUUCUUCUUUGGACAAGCGUUGCUCUUUCGAGGCACUGGUUUAUCAUGAAAUGCUGGCAUUUAAGGGAUAGAAUUUUUUAGAGUCUUAAAAGGACAUUUUUUUUUUUUCUUCCUGCAAAUUAAAACAAGGAUUUAAAAGAAGAACAGCCUUGUUUCAGGAUUAGAGGCAUGACAUUUGGUUCUUCACCAUGUUAAAUCCCUGUGCCUCUUUUUAUGUUUUACUUGUAGGUCCUGGGGUUUGAUAGUUGGACCUCAUUUGCCGCAUAUGCGCUGCUCUCCGCUUCCUCCACCCAUAGUCUAUCUCCUUGCUCUAACCCCUUCUAUCCCCACUUGUUUAUCUAUAGAUUUGCUGGAAAUGGUGAUACUGACGGGUGUAAUUAAAAAUGUUAGAAAUCUUAAAAAAAAAAAAGGUAAAGGACCAUCUGCUUGGUGGCUCGGGUAUUCCAACCCCUCUUAAGAGCGUUUUCUUUAAUCGGCCAGAUGAGGGUAGAUCAGGUAUUAUAAGGAACCAGCCUUGUUUUUUUUUUUUAAUUUGGCUUUUUAAUUUGAUUUGAGGGGGAAACCCAAGCAGGUGUACAGCAGGUGGUUUGUAUUGGGAGUUUAGUUCUGGAACCACCUGUGUUGGUUAAAGCAUUGCGCUCCUUUCAUCUUCUCAGCUUUGAAAGGAUUGAUGGAAAAACUUAAUUUCUUCAGGUUUACGUUUUUGUUUUUUUUGGAGGGGAUUAUGUGCAAUGUCGGUAUUUG